CUUGUGGUGCCAUCUCUUACCUCCUCAGAAGUUGAAACAACAAUACAAACACAUUCGUCUUCUCUCUCUCUCUCUCUUCUCUUGGUCUUUUUUUGCUUAUAGUUGAAGAAAAUUUAAUCAAAGGCUUUUCUUGAUUUUUGAACCACACAUCUUACUUCAUCUGAGAGUUUCUGAGUUUUGGUCUGAUCAAAAUUCUCUCAUCCGUUCACUUACUACAAAGUUGAUAGAUCGAUCUUUUGAUUAUGGAUUGUUAUGCUGGAAGGAAUUUUGAAGAGCUUGUUGUGCCUAGUUAUCAAGAAUCAUCAUCAGAGACAUACCCAUCUACUGGUAUGUGGGGUGGAUGGAACAUGAGCCCCCCUGAAGCAGCUGAGAAAUGUUUCGAUUACGAUGGUUUCAAUGGAGGAGGAAUGAUGUAUAGUCAGAUGGGUAUGAGGACGAGUGAAGAAGAAGAAGAGUCUAAGAGAUCAAAGGCUUUCUACGGUGCUUCUUCACUUCACGAUUUCGAAGGAAUCGAACAGAUGGAUGAUAUAUUCUUAAGUUCAAUUUUGGAGGAUGUUCCAGAGGAUGAUGGAGAUGUUCACCGUGCGUCCAGCAGCAAUAACAGUGUCGGUUCUUCUUCUAUGUAUGGUGGUGGUGGGGAAGUCCCUAUGUUCCAUUGUCAUGACAUGUCUUUCAAGGAGGAAGCUCCAUUUACAAUCUCGGAUCUGUCUGAAGAGAACAUGUUAGAUUCAAACUAUGGGGAUGAACUGUCUUCUGAAGAACUCGUGUUGCAGGAUCUACAAAGGGCUUCACAAAAGUUGACCAAUGAGACACGCAAAUGUUUCCGGGAUACCUUUUACCGACUUGCAAGGAGCUCGCAAGAUAAAUCGGAUUCAGUCAGCCCCAACUCGGAAGAGCUGCUUGUGCAAUCGUCUAGAUAUGAUUAUGGUGAUGGAAACAGGUUGAGUAGAGAGGAAGAGAUAGAAUCUGAAACGAAUUCAAUCGAUAGAGCCGUCGCAAACCUCACAUUCAACAAAAUGGAAUCCAACAUAAGCAAUUUUCCUCUGUCGGAAAGAGUACAGUAGCUGCCAUUGAUCAAGAUCAACCAUUUGGCGCCUCAUCAUCGUCCUAUGAAGUCUUCUGUUACCAUAUGAAGUCUUCUGUUCCGCUGUCGGAAAGAGUACAGUAGCUGCCAUUGAUCAAGAUCAACCAUUUGGCGCCUCAUCAUCGUCCUAUGAAGUCUUCUGUUACCAUAUGUGUAUAAAUGUGUGUAUAUAUAGAUGACUUAAUGUUGCAAGCUUCAGUUUUGAUCUGUCAAAAGAAUCUGCUCCCUUUUAAUUCCUGCAGUAUGCUUUCUACAAACAAUGCCUGAUGGCCUUGAGACUUACUUCUCAAUAUGAAUAAGAGCAUCAUGUUUCAAUGAACACCUAAUCAUUGU